GCCGCAGCCCCCUCCGCCUCCUCCUCCGCCGAGCCGGGCGGUUGAAUCGGCCGGAAGUGGCAGGACUGCGAUUUCCGGCAGUUGGGCUGUAAAGAGAAAGGAGCGUCGGGAAUGGCGACCAAGAGGCUUGCACGGCAGCUUGGGUUAAUUAGGAGAAAGUCAAUUGCACCAGCAAAUGAAAAUCUAGGAAGAAGCAAAUCUAAGCAGUUGUUCGACUACUUAAUUAUCAUUGAUUUUGAGUCGACAUGUUGGAAUGAUGGGAAGUGCCACCGGAGCCAGGAAAUAAUUGAAUUUCCAGCUGUACUGCUAAACACAUCAACUGGAGAGAUUGAAUCUGAGUUCCAUGCUUUUGUUCAGCCUCAGGAACAUCCAGUUCUUUCUGAAUUUUGCAUGGAGCUAACAGGCAUAAAGCAGGCUCAAGUUGAUGAAGGAGUCCCUCUGAAGAUUUGCUUAUCUCAGUUCUGUAAAUGGAUUCAGAAGAUUCAACAACAGAAGAAAAUUAUUUUUGCUACUAGGUUUUCAGAUAUUUCUACUUCUGAAGUAAAAUUAUGUGCAUUUGUUACUUGGUCAGACUGGGACUUGGGGGUUUGCCUGGAGUAUGAGUGUAAAAGAAAACAGUUGUUAAAACCUGUGUUCCUUAAUUCUUGGAUUGAUCUCAGAGUAACUUACAAGAUUUUCUACAGGAGAAAACCAAAAGGACUAAGUGGUGCCCUGCAAGAAGUAGGAAUAGAAUUCUUGGGACGAGAACAUUUUGGGUUGGAUGAUUCUCGGAAUACUGCCCAUCUUGCAUGGAAGAUGAUCAGGGAUGGUUGCUUAAUGAAAAUUACAAGGUCCUUGAACAAGGUUCCCACUAGGAGGAAUCCUAACAUUUUCGCCAGAAAUUUGAAUACGGAUCAAGUUGAAGAAACAUCAGCCUGCAACAGUAGCAUUCAUGAUCCCAGCACAUAUGGUAGGGAGCCUACAAAUACAAUAAAAUCCUACAAGAAAGUUCAAAUGAAGUCAGUUGCUGUGAAUUCUCCUAUAAAGGUACAGCAAGAUCAUUUACAACUGAAGGGCAAUGUAAAAGCAAGUCUUCACAAUGUCAAAAGCUGUUUAUCUCUUUUUAAUACUAAGUCCUGGACUUCUCUGGGGCAGUUACAGUCUUCCAGUUUGAAUACACCUAUGCAGAAGCAAAUAAACCAAUGUCUUACAUUUAAUACCAAUUCUAAGUCUUCAACAGUUGGUUCAGAAUUGGUACUUGUUUCAACUACCGUUUCAUCUGUUAAUAAUGUUUCUGAUAUGGAAAUGAGUUCUGCUGUUGACUGUUUACCUAUGUUGGCUGAUUGGGAGGAUGUAGCUUUACUGCCAGCAUCUCAGCCUGAGCAAAAUAUAUAUUGUGUGCCUCCCAUUAGUGACUCAAACUUAGACACUUCAUUUAAUUCUGGAGAAAGAUUAAUGGUUUUGGAAGAAUCUGAAAUGUUAAGUGAAGAAAAGAUUGGAGGCACAAAAGAAACUCCUCAAAAAUCUGAUACCUCUAAGUCUAUUGUAUAUAAGAGUCCACAUACUACUAUUUAUAAUAUAAAAGAAACCAAAGAUCCAGGUUCAUAUGCUUUUGACUUUAAAUUACCUGAAUGUAAAUCAAGUAGCUUCAAUGGUGUUAAUGCCAAUAUGUCUCAUCCUUUAGUUCUGGGGAAACAUCGUCUUCAUUUAAGUGGUACUAAAAGGAAUCCAUCCAGUCCCCUGCCUUUCCCACCAGCAAAAAAAGAGACCUUCACUAUUCAUGAAGAAAAGCCUACAUCAUCUAAUGUUUCCCCAGGGGGAAGUUCUUCCUGGAAGGUUCUUCCUUCUGUCUUAACUUCUGCAGUUAAUCUACAACAACCUUGGAAGGGUGGGAAAAUAACACCUCCUUUAUGCAAGUGUGGCCGAAGAUCUAAGAGACUUGUUGUUUCUAAUAAUGGACCAAACCAUGGGAAAGUCUUCUAUUGUUGUCCUAUUGGAAAGUACCAAGAAAAGAGAAAAUGUUGUGGUUAUUUCAAAUGGGAACAAACACUUCAAAAAGAAAGAGCCAACAGCAUAGUUCUAUCUCAUUCCCCAGGGGGACUCACUUUUAGUUCUCCAGAAACAAGCCAUAUUUGUGACAGAAAUGUAGAUUUUUCUACUAAAAAUUCAUUGAGACUCAGACCUUCAAUGAGGAACUGACUUUUUUUUUACA